CGGUAUACAUCGUAAAGGAUGUGCGCGUGAUUAAAAAAAAAAGAAAAGAAAAGAAGAGGCAAUCGAGAGAGCUCGAGUCUAAGGGAGUCGUGGGGGGCUAUCAUGAGGAUAGUCGGGGCCGAUCCCGUCUCGUCGAAUCGGGGCAUCCUCGAGAUUUCCGAAUGCUACUCGCGACGAGCUGUGCGCUCGAGGAUGCAAGGGACCAGGAUGAUCGAAACGAGCGUGGAGUGGAGUUCCGUGAAAGCUCUGAUCAAUAAGGGACAUCGGGAGUUCUGAGCUCGGUGGAUCGUUCGCGGAAGUGGACAUCGUCGCGAGGAUGUAGGGGGGCCCAUGCACUCGGGGCCCCGGCGAGGGUUUCCUUUUGGACUUCUCGGCGCCAAAACUUUUGGGAAGUUGUUUAGAAAAUCUUGGGAUAAUCGUCGAGAUAUAUGUUCUUUCGGUUCUCGUGACAAAAGUGACCGGGAAUGCCCGCAGUUAACGGAAAAGGGAACGAGCAGAACAGGAAGCAACGUUUACGUGUUCCGUAGCAAAACACUCUGGACCGUAGGUAUUGUCGGUGAAAAGUAGGUCGCGAAAGGUCGAUAGUGGCAUCGAACGGGAAGCGAAGAUGCGAGAGGAAACGGAAGGAAUGUCACGCGGUAACGACGUUAAUAUCGACGAAUCGUUUUUUCGUCGAUGAUGGGGCUGUGAUCGCCCAAGGCGAACGUCGAAUCUCCACCACAGAUCGAGUAGACCAGCGUCUACCCGUCGAGGCCAGCGAAAAUGGUCGAUUUAGGAGGAUACAUUAUCAUACUGAUCAACCAUAAUGACAAGAUCAAACUGUACGGUUCGCCGGCCGACAACGCGGACACGUUGGAGGUGGCGGAUGAAAUUUUAGAAGUUAAUGGUAGCACCUUGGAAAAUGCCAGCCAGUCAGAAGUCAUCCAAUACAUAUACCAGUGCAUCGAGUCCAGAACAAUAUGUCUGCGAAUACGGCGGAGAAGCGGAAACAAGAAGG